CCACUCGACGCAUCCAGGAUCUAGGACAGAGACAUAUUUCAGAGACAGCAAAGGAAGAACGUUUCUUUUUAAAGGGACAAGGCAGCGCAAAACCCUUGUUGUUGGAUCUUAGAGAACUGCGUUUUUUUUUUGCUUGGUUGGGCUCCAGACGCCAUGAGCGCGACAUUUGAUCGCAAGAUCCCCAGCAUCCUGACGGACAUCUCAGCAAACAUUAGCUGCCAUCCCUCUUCCAAGGAUUCCUCACCCACCUUGCCCGAGUCUUCAUCUACAGACUUGGGUUACUACAGCGCGCAGAGUGACUAUUACACGGGUCCACAGCAGUCCUACUCACAGCCUAUGAGUCACUACCCCUACCAGCACCAACAGUACAGUUUCGCUGGGCUUGGAGGCUCAGGGACAUAUGCUCCCAAAUCGGAGUACCCCUACGGCAGUGGUUCCUAUCAUCCACGGCAGUAUGGUCAUUUCACUCGGGAACAGCAGCAGCCAACAGAGAGCAAUACAGUUUCGAUCAAAGAAGAGCCAGAUGCGGAGGUGAGGAUCGUCAAUGGCAAAGCUAAAAAGGUCCGUAAGCCCCGCACCAUCUACUCGAGCUACCAGCUGGCGGCGCUACAGAGGCGAUUUCAAAAGGCUCAGUACCUGGCUCUGCCAGAGAGGGCAGAGUUGGCCGCUCAACUAGGACUGACACAAACACAGGUGAAGAUCUGGUUCCAGAACAGAAGAUCCAAGUUCAAGAAACUGUAUAAAAAUGGAGAGAUGCCUUUAGACCACAGCCCUAACACCAGUGACUCUAUGGCAUGUAACUCACCUCCAUCUCCUGUUGUUUGGGACAAUACCAGCACCAGCACAAGGCACCAAGUCCCACAGGCCUCUCAUAGCUCAUCACCGACUUACCUGGAAGAAUUCACACCUUGGUACCAUCCCAGCCUGUCUGGGCCUCAUCUACAGCCACCAGCUCCCUUGCAUCAUCAUGUACCUCCUACACAGAGCACGGGGGCAGUGUACUAAGAGUGACAUGCCCAGGAGUUGGUUUACCAUGACUUAUUUAAAAAAAUACAUAAAAGGACAAAAACAGGCAUUAUAAGAACGUUUGCUCAGUUUCUCCUGAGCAGGUCGGUACUGCUGUGGGGCAGAUGGCUACAGACAUGGAAGUAAACCAUGUCAUUUUCACAGGGUAUUGAAUUCAUUUUUAAUGAAAACUCCAUUUUUAUCAGAAGGAAAUAUUUUCUUAUAAAAGACAUAUAUUUUGGUUCAAGAAUUGUGAAGCUUUUCUUUUAAAGGAUGUUGCAAAGGCAUGUUGCAUGUGUGUGUUGGGGGCGGGGGCAAGGGAUGGCAAUACAGGAAGGUCUUCAGUUUGGGAAAAGUUGCCAACCAGCUUAUCUAAUCCUCCCUGUAUUUAUUCAUCUCCAAGAAUUGUUUGGUGCAUGAAUUAACAGCUGACAACUGAUGUAUGUAAACAGCAAAACACUAUGACUAAAAGGAAAGAUAGCUGUAGAAGCACUCUUCUGUUCUCAGUUCUGUGCAAUAAUCCAUAUAAAAAUAAGAUGGUUAUAAAUGGCGUUUUAAUUUACAAAGUAUCUGUAAUUGUUGUCUUUACAACUUACCUAUAAGUUACUUACAGAAAAAACAGAGCAUCAAAUGCUGUUUAACAUAAUGUACAUUUUUUUUGGUAUGACAGUGGAUUUUACAUCUACAUAUUUUUAACCCCUUCUAACUCAUGCCAUAAAUUUGUUCUUAACUUAAUCCAUUACCAGGGAGACUUGGAAGCCCUUCUUCUUGAGUAGUGUUAAGAAUGUAUACAUUUUCUUUGGAACACUGGCGUGUAGGCCACAAUUGAAACGGUUCCUCUGCAUGUAUGGUGUGUAUAUAUAUAUAUAUAUAUAUAUAUAUAUAUAUAUAUAUAUAUAUAUAUAUAUAUAUAUAUAUAUAUAUAUAUAUAUCUGCAUGAGGAAAGUUGGAGAAUGCACAGCUACUUGUAUCUAUGGAACCAUUCCAACUGGACUUAUUAGAAGCAUUUUCUAGUGUUCUUAUCAUUAAGCAUAUGAAAUGCAUUCAUGCUAAUGAGAAGAAUCUACCAGGAAGGACUGGUUAAGCAGAAAAUAAUUGUAGUGCUCCAUAUAGUUUAAGGAAUCCUAAUGUAGUACUUAAACUUGUCAUGCUAGGUUUGCAGUAUUUUAAACCAAAUAAAUGAUUGCACUCAGUAAUCUGUCUAGCACCAAUCAACACUGUCAAAUACAAAUAAAAAUAAAUAGGUUUUCAAUGCAAACUAUCAUCAGAUGUUGGAUAUAAUUCAUUCAUACGUCUACCUUUGCUUGAUAACUGGUGAUAUCUACAAACCUGCAUAUCCAUAUAUUGUAUAUUCGUAGAAAGGGGAGUUUGACCUUAUUCAAUUUGCAGUCAACAGUGUCUCAGCAGCUGUAACAGUAAUGACUCUAAAAGUUGUACCCUUUUCUAUGCCAUACUGGCCAUUUACUAUUUAAUGCGUUCAAAUGCCCCAAUUUGAAGCUCAGAUUCGGUGCAUUUUCUAGGUUUUACAAAUAAUAAUAAUAAUAAUAAUAGUAGUAAAAAUAAUAAUAACAAUAAUAGGCAGUUAAUGAGACCCCCCGCUUUCCCCACACACUACUGAUGGAUUUGUUGUUCUUAUAAGGCUUUUAAGGUUGCAAUAACUAUGCAGAUAUUUUAAUAUAUUAUUUAACACAAGUUUGGGCUGGUUUAAUUUAUUAAAAUUGCUUUGUUCUCCUCGUAUCGGGGGGGCUGCAUUAUCAGAUCCCAUUCAUAUGGACUGAAUUUCAUUCUGGGCUGAAUCUACCAAGGUCCAUUUUUUUAUAGGGACACUACUUGCUGGAAUCAAUAAAAAGUAAUUAUUUAAAAAAUGAAUUAAACUACAGUUUUUAGCCAUUUGUAGCAUCUCAGGUCUGUAUGUAUUUAUGAAAUGUUGUAUAAAUGAAAUGUAAAUAAAAUAUGUUUGUAUGUAAAUGUAACUAUUUUCCUAGUUUUUUUUAGACACGUAAUGUGUGAGUUCCAGAAUUAAUUUUGUGAUAAUCUCACAGUGUAAGAUGUGUUAAGUAUUAAACUGUUGCAUUUGUUUUAAUCCUGAGUUAAAAAGUAUUUAAAAUGUUAAUAAAUGCCUUUCCAGGGCAAGGAUAUAAGUUUUUAGAAA